UUGACCAAAUGAAUGGGGUGAGUUGGGUUUCUAGUUCUAGAGCUGUCUUGCCUAAGGGAUAUCUCCAUUUUAUAUACUAAAAAUAUAUUCUGUACAUAGUAGACAUUAAACCCAUACUGUAACGAGCUUCGAUUGUAUAAGAACCCGUUUUAUCGUAAAAUUAUUCCCGUCUUGAUUUCUAGUUCUACAGCUGUCUUGAAAAGAAAUUCGCUAGUGAACUAGUCGAGAAAAUACGAUAAUUUUUUAUUUAAUCUAUUAUUAAUGCUAAGUUCGGCUUUCCCCAAAAUUAUUUUAAAAGAUGUAAAAAAAUUUAUAAAGGUUAAACGAUUCGACGAAAACCGUACUCGUUUUUACACCUGUGAAAUAAUUUGUGCAUUACAAUUUUUACAUACCAAAAACAUAAUCUACAGAGAUUUAAAAUUGGAUAAUAUACUUCUCGAUAAUGAUGGACACGUUCAUCUAGCGGAUUUUGGAAUGUGUAAAACAGAGGCUAAUAGAGAGAAUGGAAUGGCUUCAACUUUUUGUGGAACCCCCGAUUAUAUUGCACCAGAAAUAAUUAAAGGACAACUUUACAAUCAAGCUGUAGAUUUUUGGAGUUUGGGAGUGUUAAUGUAUGAAAUGCUUAUUGGCCAAUCACCUUUCCAUGGAGACGGGGAAGACGAAUUAUUCGAUGCUAUACUUAAUGAACGUCCAUAUUUCCCAAAAUGGAUUGGUAAAGAAUCUGCAAAAAUAUUAUCUGCUCUGUUUGAUCGAAAUCCAAAUACAAGACUAGGGAUGCCUGAAUGUCCUGAUGGCCCCAUCCGCCAGCACUCAUUCUUUAGAGGUGUUGAUUGGAAAAAGUUUGAAACUAGACAAACAAUACCUCCAUUUAAACCUCUUGUGAAAAGUGCUGAUGAUACGUCUAAUUUUGACGACGAUUUUACUCAAGAAAAGGCUUUGUUAACUCCAAUUCAAGACAAGCAUUUACUUGCAUCUAUUGAUCCAGAUACUUUUGCUAACUUCAGCUACACAAACCCACACUUUGAUAAUUUACAAUUAAUUUCUAAUAGUUGA